AUGCCCUCUGUCGAAGAGCUGAAGAAAAAGAAGGCCAUCUCGGAAGCUGAAGUCGAAGUCACCGUCUACGACUCUUCCAUUGAAAAGCAGCUUCCCGACUCGGACUCAAACACAAGAGAUAGUGGUGCUGAAGGAGUCCCGUUAGACAUCAGGACGUACCACGAGAAGAAUGCUGGGCGACUUGUGAUUGACCCAAAGGAAGCAGAAAUCGAGUUUGGCAAAGGAAUUGCAAGCCGGCUCAAGCUCAGUGCAGACGGCACGACGGUGCUCUGGCCACAGCCCACUGACGACCCCGAUGACCCCCAAAACUGGGAUGACCGAAGAAAGGCGAUACAGCUACUCAUAGCAACGAUGGCGGCUAUCAUACCCGACUUUGACUCCGCCAUAGGAAUAGCGUGUCUCUACCCUCUAUCAUACCAGUUCGACACAACGACCGGAGAGAUCAAUGACCUGACAUCCAACUGGAGUAUAUUCCUCUUGGGUUGGGGAGGCCUCUUCAGUGUGAUGCUUAUGAGACGCUACGGACGACUUCCCAUUUUAUUUUGGUCACAGGUUCUCACCUUGGCGUUCUUGGUAGGAUGCACCGUAGCGCCCGAUUUAAAGACGUUCACGGGUAGGCUUGGUCGUUUGAUUUGGAUCAUCAUAUUCACUAUGGGGCUAUACAUCGUCACCGACAUCUUCCCUUUCCACUUGCAAGCACGAAAGCUCAACAUCUGGGCAGCGGGUUUCCUCGUCGCACCAUACAUAUCUCCAUUCUUGUUCGGGUUCCUUGUAGCGAAUACCACCUGGCGAUGGGCCUACGGCAUCGGCUGCAUCUACGGAGGCAUCGUCGUCAUCGUCAUCCUCUUCUUCGGUGAAGAAACAAUCUACGAUCGGGCAGUGGAUCCCAUCCCUCCUCGCCCGUCAUCAGGGUUACGCUACCGCGUCGAGACGGUAUUCGGGCUUACUGGGUUCAAAAUGGCCAAAUAUCGAUCCAGCUGGCGCGAGGUCGUCAUCUGCCCGCUCGAUGUCCUCUGGCGUCCGCAUUUGCUCUCGGUGCUUUUCUUCGAGGCGUGGGUGUUCGGGUUUUCUGUUGGUCUAAACACGACAAAUGUCGUAUUGCUGGGCCAACCUCGCCCACUCGGGUUCGGGUACUCCCAGACAGUGAUCGCGGGGUUCUACGCCACACCGAUGAUCAGUGUGAUACUGGGCGAGAUCAUGGGCCGUUACCUGAACGACUGGAUCCUUAGAACUACUAUCAAGCGAAAUAAAGGUGUCUUCGAGGCCGAGAGCCGACUCUGGACAUGUUACGUUGCAAUGCCAUUCUACAUCUGCGGCUUCGUCGUCCUUGGCUUCGGUCUAAAGCAGCUCAACCCGGCCGCUGUAAUCUUGGGAUGGGGCAUCGCUGAGAUAGCGGUCAUGAUCAACACCGUGGCGAUCUUCGCAUACUGCAACGACUGCUUUCCCCGUCAGCAGGGUGAAAUCAGUGCCCUAAUCAACCUCUUACGAACACUUGGAGGGUUUAGCGUCGCAUUCUAUCAAGUACCUUGGGCAAACAAGAGCGGCGCAAUGCAGACGCUAAGCGUUGAAGGAGCCGUCGUUGUUGGACUUGCCAUUUUAACUGUGCCUGCAGUGCAGGUAUACGGCCGAUACCUACGGGUACGUGUGAGCUUACUAACUUACGUGUCCGGUCUGUUGAUUGGAACCCCAUCUUAUAGGGUCGGUUUUCGUUCGAGUAAGAGGCUUCUUCAUUUCAGCAUAGAUUAG